GCUCCAGAGGCCAAGUGCUGUUUGAUAAAGUAUGUGAACAUCUGAACUUGCUAGAAAAAGACUACUUUGGGCUUACGUAUCGAGAUGCUGAAAACCAGAAGAAUUGGUUGGACCCUGCUAAGGAAAUUAAAAAACAGAUUCGAAAUGGUGCUUGGCACUUUUCAUUUAAUGUGAAAUUUUACCCACCAGACCCCGCCCAGCUCUCUGAAGAUAUCACCAGGUACUACCUCUGCUUACAGUUGCGAGAUGACAUUGUGUCUGGAAGGCUGCCCUGCUCCUUUGUCACCCUGGCACUGCUGGGCUCCUACACUGUCCAGUCAGAACUUGGAGACUAUGACCCAGAUGAAUGUGGGAAUGAUUACAUUAGUGAGUUCCGCUUUGCACCAAACCACACUAAAGAGCUGGAAGAUAAAGUGAUUGAACUGCACAAGAGCCACAGAGGAAUGACACCAGCAGAAGCAGAGAUGCAUUUCUUGGAAAAUGCCAAAAAACUAUCCAUGUAUGGGGUAGAUUUACAUCAUGCCAAGGAUUCUGAAGGAGUAGAAAUUAUGCUAGGAGUUUGCGCAAGUGGUCUCUUGAUAUAUCGUGACCGACUACGAAUAAACAGAUUUGCCUGGCCUAAGGUUCUAAAAAUUUCAUACAAACGGAACAACUUUUACAUUAAGAUCCGGCCGGGAGAGUUUGAGCAAUUUGAAAGCACCAUUGGGUUUAAGCUGCCAAACCAUCGAGCUGCCAAGCGUUUAUGGAAAGUAUGUGUUGAACACCAUACAUUUUUCAGACUGUUGUUACCAGAAGCACCUCCAAAGAAAUUCCUUACCUUGGGUUCCAAGUUUCGUUACAGUGGCAGAACACAAGCCCAAACAAGAAGAGCCAGUGCGUUGAUAGAUCGUCCAGCGCCUUACUUUGAACGCUCGUCCAGCAAACGUUACACCAUGUCUCGAAGCCUGGAUGGAGCGUCAGUGAAUGAAAACCAUGAAAUAUACAUGAAGGAUUCUGUGUCUGCUGCAGAGGUUGGUACUGGCCAGUACGCCACAACAAAGGGCAUCUCUCAGACGAACUUGAUCACCACUGUGACUCCGGAGAAAAAGUCCGAGGAGGAGCGCGGUGAGGAGGAGGACAGACAGAAGCAGGCAGAGGAGGCCACGCCCGUCGCAGCAGUCCGACAGGAGGGAAAGUCACCUGGGCUUGGCACUGACUCAUGUCCCCUGUCCCCUGCAUCAGCCCAUCGUCCCCCUGCAUCUCCCACAGAGCUCCCUAGGAGGUGUAAGGAGAAUGACCACCAACCACCAGGUUUCGAGCCAUCCAAAGAAACUGUGCAUGUGCACGGAGAGCCCACCUUGGACUCUGAAGGCAAAGGGAAGCCAUAUUUAGGGGACCAAGAUGUGGCCUUUAGCUACAAACAGCAACCUGGCAGAGGGACCACCCUGUUUUCCUUCUCCUUGCAGCUCCCUGAGUCAUUCCCUUCUCUUCUAGAUGACGAUGGCUACCUCUCUUUUCCCAACCUGUCUGAAAGCAGCCUCCUCCCGCAGAGCUUGCAGCAUUAUCUCCCAAUCCGCUCACCCUCCCUCUUGCCCUGUGUCCUCUUCAUCUUUUUCUUCCUGCUCUCCACCUCCUUCUCAGUGCCGUAUGCCCUCACUCUCUCCUUCCCUCUGGCUAUGUGCCUCUGCUACCUGGAGCCCAAGGCGGCCUCCUUGAGUGCCUCACUAGACAAUGACCUGAGUGACAGUGCAGAGGAAGAGACUGACAGUGAGCGCACAGACACUGCAGCUGACGGGGAAACCACCGCCACAGAGUCGGACCAAGAGGAAGAUGCAGAGCUCAAGGCACAGGAGCUAGAUAAAACUCAAGAUGACCUGAUGAAACAUCAGACCAAUAUUAGUGAGCUGAAAAGAACCUUUUUAGAAACCUCCACAGACACCACCGUGACGAAUGAAUGGGAAAAGAGGCUUUCCACCUCCCCCGUGCGACUGGCCGCCAGGCAGGAGGAUGCGCCCAUGAUUGAGCCACUGGUCCCUGAAGAGACUAAACAGUCUUCUGGUGAAAAGCUCAUGGAUGGCUCUGAAAUCUUCAGUUUAUUAGAGUCUGCAAGAAAACCAACAGAAUUCAUAGGAGGGGUUACUUCUGCUGCUCAGAGCUGGGUUCAGAAAACAGAAACCAAGACGGAGUCCACCGAAACAACCCAGCACCCGCACCCACUGGGCCCUGAGAAUAUUGUGCAGGAAACCGUGCUGGUGGAGGAAAGACACGUGCAGCAUGUGCACGCGAGCGGGGAUGCCUCUCACGUGGCUGCAGAUGACGGGGAUGCCGCAGCCCAGGCAGCAUCUGCUGAUGCUUUUAGCGCUAAAGGGAAGGACGGUUCUGCUCUGACUGAGGAGGCUAACGAGGAAAAAGGAGAGGUGGCCGAUCAAGCUGUCCUCAAACCAGAAGAGAUGGCCACUGCUUCCCGUGAGCCAGAGGAGGAGCAGGGUGCGGCAAUCCACAUCUCUGAAACUUUGGAACAAAAACCUCAUUUUGAGGUACAGCCAUCGGCUCUGAAGACAGAAACCAUCAGUUUUGGCAGUGUUUUACCAGGAGGAGUAAAGCUUGAAAUUUCUACCAAGGAAGUACCAGUAGUUCACACAGAAACGAAAACCAUAACGUAUGAAUCCUCACAGGUUGAUCCUGGGGCUGAUUUAGAGCCGGGUGUGCUGAUGAGCGCACAGACGAUCACAUCUGAAACUACCAGCACCACGACCACCACGCACAUCACCAAAACUGUGAAAGGGGGCAUUUCAGAGACAAGGAUUGAGAAGCGAAUAGUCAUCACAGGAGAUGCGGACAUUGACCAUGACCAGGCUCUGGCUCAGGCAAUUAAAGAGGCCAAAGAACAGCACCCUGACAUGUCAGUGACCAGAGUGGUGGUCCAUAAAGAGACGGAGAUCACCCCAGAAGAUGGAGAGGACUGAACCCAGGAAUAGCUCAGCCUGCACACGAAUCCAGGCAUGCCACCCGCUGGGAGAGCCAGAGCCUCUGUGGACUCCUCCUCGAACCCAGCUGACUUGCAUCUGCCGGUGGGAGAUUUCCAUCCAGAAGAACUGACCUUGCCCCUAAAUAAAGACACUGGCAGAUCUUCCCUUAAUAACACAAUCCGAGUCAGCAUCACUAAAUUGAUACUGCAUGAAGCAAUGAUACAAUUACAAAAGAGCAGCAUUUUUAAUUUUCACAAAAUGUCUAAGUUUUCAGCUACACCUGCACGUUCAUAACUGACAAUAUACGCCGUGAUCUCACAUAACAUAAACAGUUCAUGCCUUCCGUAGCUCAGUACUAUUCAAGUCUAAACCAAACUGCAGUUUCUUGGGUGACAGCUCUUUUGUUUACAGAUCAAUGAAGGUUACCCUGAAAUGCUAGAAGCUGUCUAGGUCCAAUGUGUCAGGUUUAUUCCAGAUUAGAUUUGCCAAUAACCGAGUCAAUUCAGUAAACAACUUGAAUAUUGUCUUUGUUUUGUCUGGGUUUGCUAUUCUCACCCAUGAACAGUGAUGACUCUCUGAUCCUCUGGAAAUAUUUAAUGCUUACAAUCCUGUGUUGUGUAUCUAAUUUAAUUCAUUAUAAGGUAGUACUGAUUUUACCAUAAAGAUGUGAUUUUUUCCUUGUCCACUUUGGUCUGCGUUCAAUCUGGAAAGCUUUCCAGAGUUUCCUAACAAGUCCUAAAUAUGUAAAUUGUCAUUAUUUUGGGAAGAAAACCUGUAUUUUUGUUAGUUUACCAUAUUAUGAAAUUUCACUCCGGAAAAACCUGUUGGGAUUUUUUUUCUCUCUCUUCAUUUCUUCUUCCUUGUAUUUUUAAAUUGAUUUUUCUUUUACUUGAAAAAGAUUUUAUUUCCAAAAUCUGGUCCAUAUUUACAAUCUAGUGCAGAGCCAAGCCUUAAACUGUACAGAAUUUCCACUGUAAUUAAACUAUUUAGUGUUUAGUUAUAAAUAGUCUUCAAAAAGAUAUAUUCUCCAUUACACUGUCGACUGCAUCACACAGCCCGUGGUGAAUGUACGUUUCUGCGUAGCGAAAUAAAAAUGGUAAAUGCAUUUAAACCUCUAA